UAUAAAUAUCAUUUCUAAUUUUAAAAACUAUGUAUUUCCAAAACCAAAAAAAGUUUGGAACAAAAAAUAAUGAGAAGAGUGAUGCUGUUUUACACUUGUUGCAAAUCUCUUUAAUGCCUAGAAUAAUACGAGGCAGCUGGAUUCUCAUAUAUGCUUCUACAUUCACUCUGUCAUGUAGCCUCUGGGAAACCCCAGUGUUUACUUGUGAGUAAAUGAGAAUACAAAAGUUAAAUAUCCCUUUACUAUUUUGAUAAAACUAGUUUUGACUUUGAAAAUCCCUUGAAAAGGUCUCAGGGACCUUCUUAAUUUUUCUGAGCCUUUUAUUUAUUAAAUAGGAAUAAUAAUAUUUGACUUCCUAGAGUUCUUGUAAGAUCAGGUAAGAUAAAAUGUGUCAAUCACAACGUCUUACACUCAGCAGAUGUCCACACCUGCUCUCUCCCCUAUUCUAACCUCUAUGCAAAAUUAUUUAGAUAUUUUCCCCUUAGUAUUUUUCUUAACUUGAAGUGAUAUUGGUAGUUUGUUAAUAAGGUAGUUCCCUUACAUAGACUAUUAAUAAGCAAGCUAAAAGUAUAUAAUAAAAAUUGUUUUUAUACUUCUUCUUUCAGGUAUAGAAUAAAAAACCAAUAGUAUUUGAGGGGAAAAUAUUGUCUUGCUGCUGUUAUGAUAGCUGUGGAGUAGGAAAAGAUGUCAGUUCAUUUAAACCAAGUGGUUUGAUUUUCUUUUUUUUUUUUUGAAGAGUCUUUACUUCAGCAUAUUUUUUUUUCAAUGCAUAAUGCAUUUACAGAAAGAUUAAAAGCUGCAAUGUGAAAUGCUAAUACUGAGCUGAUGAAUAGCAACAUUGAAGUAAAUGAUAAAUUCAAGUUCCCCAGUGGUUGAUAUUUUGAGAAGAGAAAAUUCUGUUAUACAUUUUAGGAACAAGGAAUUAGAAAAUGGCAUUUUUCAAAAAUUUUCAGCAGAAUCUGCCUUCAGUGUCGUCUCUGGUAGACACGAUCAGUAGUGCUGUAGAAGAUUUGACCACUGCUGUUGGGGAGGUCAGCUAUGCUUUAACUGACUCAGUUGCUGAGCAGGUAACAAGUUUGAUAAGUGGCUUUCACCCAGAAGAGGAAACCUCCGCAACAGAAGAAGCUGUAGAUACUUCUAAACAAAAAAAUACCAUGUUAACAGAAGUCUCUCAAAACACUAAUUGUCAGAAAACACAAUCCAGUUUAGAGCACAGAGCAAAGCAAAUAAAUUCUUAUAAUACUUUAGUUUCACAAAAGCAAGAUCAAGGAAUGCCUGAAGAAAGAGUAUUUAAACAUAUUAAUGAUAGGCAACAGACUCUGUCAGAAUAUCAAGAAACCAGUAAUAUUAGUGAUUCUUCUUUGAAAGGCCACAUGAGUAAUGGUGGGAUAUCAGUUAUGAAACAGAAUACAAGGGCUGGAUCUACUUGUCAAGAAGUUGGUAGUGACAGAUGUGAAAAAAUUGGAUUAGGAAUCUCCAAUAAUGGUAAGAAUGGUUUAGAGGAGGUAAGAUACCGAGAAAUAAAAGGAAAUCAGAAGAAUUCCAACGGGAUAAACAUAUAUGAGCAAAAGAAAUGCAUUGAUCCAGAUAAUCAUGAACUAGAAGAAUAUAGUAAACCUCAACAUGUAUUUUUGGGAGGAAAUAAAGAGAAAAUGGGGUAUUUCAAUAAAUAUAAGCAUCUUACUCAUUUAGGGCAUUCUGAUCAUUUAAAGAAAGCUGAAAAACAUAUUAAAAGUAAAGGAUUUACAGGGAAUGAGUGUUCAGGAAAUGAAUAUUCUACAAAAGAUACUUGGACAAGCAAUAGACGUAUGAUACAGAAAUCCUUUAUGAAAGAACAUACACAUCCGGCAUCAUCAACUAAUUCUAAAGAUAAGUUAUCUGGAAAAAUCAAGGAACAGAUAAAUCCAGCAAAACACUACAAAGUGAAAGGAGAAAUAGAAACAAAGAAAAAUGAAACCAUUUUUGCCAAGAAAAGAACAGCAAAGAGUAAAGAUGAAAAAUAUUCUAAGAUAAUACCAGAAAAAGAUAAUUCCUACAUGGACAAAGAUGAGCAUGGCUCAUCCUCUGAAAGUGAAGAUGAAGCACUGGGUAAAUAUCAUGAGGCCUUAUCCAGAACACACAAUUCCAGACUACCAUUGGCAGAUGCUAGACAAAAGAACUAUGCUUGGGAAACAAGACAGAAAUACAGUCCUCUGUCUGCAGAGUAUGAUGGAUACAGUAGUGAAGCAUCAAUAGAUGAAGGAAACUGCAUUCAGAGAAUGAGAAGAACACCCCCACUGGAUGAACUGCAGCCACCACCCUAUCAGGAUGACAGUGGUUCUCCCCAUCUCUCAUGUACACCCUCUGAAAUUGGGGACAGUAAAUGUGAGUUUUCCCACUGCAGCAACAGUCCAAGAUGCUCAUAUAACAAGUGCCCAAGUGAAGGAAGCGCAGGUCAUGAAAUAGAAAGUUUUCAUAAUAAAGGAUAUGAAGAAGAUGUUCCAAGUGACAGCACUGCAGUCCUGAGCCCUGAAGAUAUGUCAGCUCAAGGAUCAUCUUCACAGCUUCCUAAACCUUUUGAUCCUGAGCCAGAAGCUAAAUAUGGCACACUGGAUGUGACUUUUGACUAUGACUCACAAGAACAGAAGCUUCUGGUAACAGUGACAGCUGUCACAGACAUCCCAACUUAUAACAGGACAGGUGGCAACUCAUGGCAAGUACACCUUGUUCUUCUACCUAUAAAGAAACAGAGAGCAAAAACCAGCAUCCAGAGAGGACCAUGCCCUGUCUUCACAGAAACAUUUAAAUUUAAUCAUGUUGAAUCUGAGAUGAUUGGAAAUUAUGCAGUUCGGUUUAGACUGUAUGGUGUACAUCGCAUGAAAAAAGAAAAGAUUGUGGGGGAAAAGAUUUUUUAUUUAACAAAAUUGAAUCUUCAAGGGAAAAUGUCAUUGCCUGUGAUAUUGGAACCUUCUUACAAUCAUUCUGGCUGUGACUCCCAAAUGAGCAUGUCAGAAGUAUCCUGUAGUGAAAGUACAUCCUCGUGUCAGUCUCUUGAACACGGCUCAGUUCCAGAAAUUCUCAUUGGCCUGCUUUAUAAUGCCACAACUGGAAGACUAUCAGCAGAAGUGAUAAAAGGCAGCCACUUCAAAAACUUGGCAGCAAACAGACCACCCAAUGGACUGUUCUGUUGUCUAAAACACUUGAUAGGUGGACAGGUUUAUAUAAUCCGAGAUACAUAUGUUAAGUUAACUCUACUGAAUUCCAUGGGUCAAGAGAUGUCCAAAUGCAAGACAUCCAUCCGCAGAGGGCAGCCAAAUCCAGUAUACAAGGAAACUUUUGUUUUUCAAGUGGCCCUAUUUCAACUUUCUGAUGUGACACUCAUACUGUCUGUGUAUAACAAACGCAGCAUGAAAAGAAAAGAGAUGAUAGGCUGGAUUUCUUUAGGUCUGAACAGCUCUGGAGAAGAAGAACUCAAUCACUGGACUGAAAUGAAAGAGUCAAAAGGACAGCAAGUGUGUAGAUGGCAUGCCUUACUAGAGUCCUGAUGGAUAGGAUAAGCAAGCGGCUGUGCUCCAAGGCAGCAUAUUUCUGAUUGCAACAUUACUGUUUUUACCUAGUCACCGUUAGAAGAGCUAUUCUUUGAAGAAUCAUAUUCAACAUUCUACCAACAUGCUUUCAAUUUUGUGGAAAGAACAGCUAAUACUGACAUAAAUGAAGAAGAGAUAUGUCUCUGGUAGAGCUUGUUUGGGAAGCCAAAAAGCUUGCAUCAUCAUUGUUAAACUAACAAUCCUCCAGAGAUUCAAUAACAUGUUUUUGAUUUGAAGUUAAUUUUAAUUUAGCAAAAGAGCCAGUAAUUUCAUACAAAAUCAAAAUUAGAAGUGAUUUUAAAGAUCAGAAGUUUAGUUGCAACACUCUUUUAGUAUCACCCUGCAUACUAUUUAUAAAACAUUUUGACUGGCCAGUCCCUGGUGUUUAUAAUGUUCUUUAAUAUGAAAAAGUAGUUCUCCAACCAACUGGUCUUAGUUCUCCAAGUCAUAUGUACUGGUGAAGGUUUCGGUCAGAUUGAAAAUUGUUUUAUUUCAAAUAUGUUCCCUUUGUGCACUUAGUUUCAUCGUGCCUCAGUUCUUCUCAGUAGCACUAAAUCUAAGUGCAAACAAGUAUUCAUUUUCAUACAGGAAUUUUAAAAAUAUGUUAUUUUUUAACAUGUUCAUUUCUUCAUUUGCCUCUGCUUUUGCCUGAUCCAAAGAGACCAAGUCACUGCACUGGUCCCUUGCAAGUCUUUUAGACAGGUUGUACUGUAGAACUAUGUAACUUUCUGUUGAAAGCACUUCCUGUAUUCUUGUAUUCCAAUGUAGGAAGCUAAUAGAGCAGGACUUUACUUUAAAAUUUCUUUCAGUGAUCAACUCUUUAAAAUUACAGUAAUGUGAAAGUACAUUUUUUACAAACUGAAAACACAGAUAAGCUGUUGAAAAUUGAAAACAAUUCAAGUUAAAGAAAAUUUUAACUAUCUGCUCUGAAUAUUUAGUAACCAACACUGCAUAAAGCAGAUAGCAUUCAAAAUAAGAAACUGUUCUCUCUCUAAAUCUUCACUCUUACUUCAAUUUAUAUUUGUGAUAUAAAGACUAUCCAGUGCUCAGUUUGAAUCAGAACAUCAUGUUAAAAACAGUUCUGAAAUUCCUUACGAAGUUUCUAGUGACUUGUGACUAGAUUUUAUGAAAUUUACAGAUAACGUUCUUCAACGUGAUGUCAUCUUGUGCCUUUCAUGUAAGUUAAAUUUGCUCAUACAGCUCGAAAGUUGUAUUUGCAAAAUUAGGCCUUCGAUUUUUAUAAAUGUAAAGAUUCCUCAGAACAGUGUCACAAGAUCUUUAUUUCCUCUGAAGUAUGUAAAAGUUGUAUAAUGUACUAAUUUUUUAAAAUGGCAAGGCACUUUCAUUUGUUGUUUUUAUAUUUAGGAACUCUAAUCAGGAAUAUUAUAAGCUGUUUUCUUUUUAAUUUUGCUUCUUACCUAAUAUAUAAUUAAUUUUAUGCAUCUACUUAUUAAAUAGACUAUGUUUUGUAUAUAUGGAAAAUAUUUUUUCUUUCUCAUUUCUAGUUAAACUAGACAAAAACAUACUAUUUACCAAUUCCUAAAAUGCAGUAUAUCAUUGUUCCUAGUCCCAACUGAGUACUAUAUAUUAUUGUAAACUAGAACUUGUUAUUACCAUAAUAACAAAACCAUGCAUAGAUAUUAUUACUUCAGCUUGGCUGUAGUGAAAGGCCUUAAAAGAAAUCCAAAAAGACCUGUGUUUUUUAGUUUAAAAGGUGGCAGCUCUAUGUAUUCAUAUACAUGAAUUAUAAGAAAAAAUACAAACGCUAUCUUGGGUGACAUGAGGUUUGAGAAUGUAUAUUAUAGAGUUACAUUAAAGGGAAAAAUAUAUCCUUUUGUUGUUACAUCAAUAAGCUUUUCCCAGGGUUUAUUUAAAUAAAUGAGUUAGAUUAAGAGUUAGAACAUGAAUCAAGUGGCAAAAUAUCUCAUUUAAGUAUUUUCAACAAUAGUAUGGAAAAAGAUUUGAAGGGAGGAUGUAGAUUUUACUGAGAAAUUGGACUUAGGCAUUUGAUGCUACAAUUACCUUUUUUGGCUUUGAAACAACUGACUGCAUUGCUAACAACUGGUAUCUUCCUAAUAAAAAGAGUUAUCAGUCUCAUUUGUAGCUAUAACAGAGUUUAAUCAAACACAUUAAUAAGACCAGCUUGGUGCUUUCACAUUUAGUGAGAAAAAGACCUAACUAAUUGUUAUUUGUUAAAUCUACCUUUUUUCAGACUAUGCCCAGAAUUGUGUGAUUUGAUAUAUCCUUAGGGGUCUAUCUGGUAUAAGUAUCAAAUCCUUCAUGGCCUAAAAAUUAAUCAUCAGUUUCUAAAAAUUUCAGGAAAGACCCUACCUCCACCCCAGCUGCCAAGUCCUCAAAGAUUAAAAAUUAUCUGUAUUGGUGUGUAUGUCUGUAUAAACACCUGUACACACAGCAUAUACAUGUAUAUGUUUACGUAUGUGUAUAUUUAUUUGUAAAGGUGAAGCUGCCCUGGCUUUUUCAGUUACUGAAUAGAAAAAUAUUUCUCAAGUUUAUGAAUUAUUUUUCUCCUUUAUAUAUUUACAAGAUAUUAUAUUUGGUUUUGGGUGCUAUCUGCUGCCAGUCUCCUCCACACAUAGCAAAAUAUACACCUUUUUUCCUGUAGAGUGACACAACUUAGAGUAAUUACUUCCCCAAAAUUGUCUGUUCUUUUAGAAAAGGAUUAAAUAGGGCUCAAGAGACCCACUUCACUCUCAGAAUCUAAUGUACAAGAAGACAAUACUACUGGUUUUUUGUGUGCCUGAAUUUGCAUGAAAGCUUAAAGGCAAAAUCUUUAUAUCUCAGUAAUUAUAGCAAAUAGGGGCCCACGGGUGGGCAGCAGGUGCUGGCUCAGAAACUUGAGAAUGACAACCCACUUUCUUAUUGUUCUGUUAAAAUCUUCUAAAUUUUAUAAUAAAAUGAGAUAGUCCAAAUAUGACAAUUGACUGGCAUUUAUGGGAGCCCGUGAGUCUGGAAUUAUAGGCUUUAUUUAUCUCCCGAAUUAGCUGCAGGAUAUAGUUAUUGCUGCCCAGGAAAGAAAAUGUAUGUCAAGUCAGUAAAGAAUUUGCUUAGUAUAAUAUCAUCUUACCUUUCAGAAGCUUUCUUCUGUAAUCUUGUGUCUUCAGUACUAACCACAUUUUGUUUGAAAUCUGUUUGCAUAUUGUCUUGCUGUGCAUUCGGUGAAUUCUCAAUAAUGCUGUAUUUGCUGACAAAAAUAAUAAAUUGGACCACAAUUUAAAAAAAGAAAAACCAAUGAGAAAAUAUCUAAACCAUUCUGAUUACUAUACACAUGCUUAAAUGUAGGGCCAGGUAGAGCAGCUUCAUCUAAUCUAGUGCCAGGGGCUGUAUGCUAAAUCAUUUGCUUGAAAUCAUUAUUAUUUUCAUUUUACUUACCAAGUGAAUCAGAAGCAUGAUCAAUGACUGCAAAGCAAGAUAGUACCAACAGGGGAAGAGAUAAGAGAAUUGAGGAUGUUCUUCAAGGUUAAGGUAUGUGGGGAGAUCGAAUGAUAUCAUAGUCUUUUCAGUGAACAAAAAUGUAGGCUAUUGAAAGUGUAAAUUUUAGACGGAGUAAGAACAGCAGUCACUAAAAACAUUUUUCAAGGUCCCUCUCCAGAUUUGAAUAGGAAGGAUACAAAUUUAUUGCAUAAAAUUGUCAUUUGCCUACAUAAACUAGACAGUCCAUUGAGAUUUUUCACACUGAUUUAUUGUAGUUAUUAUGAUAUUAUUUCACAUUGAUAUUAUUCAAACAAAAGUGUUCAUAGUUCUUGUCCAUCCACUGUCCCCAAUUCAUCUGUGGCCUGCAUGGAAGGUAGCCAUCAGUAUCAUUAUUACCAACCAAACUCAAUAUUGAGCACAAGGUUAAGCAUGCUGCAAAGCAUUUUCUAAAGCUAAUUUUAAAACAUCAUCUUUGCUCCCCAAAGUGUUGAAUAAUGAUAGUGGUGACGGCUACAAUUUACUAAGAUCUAGCACAAUAAUUUAUUAUUUUGUUUGAUUUUUCACAACAAUACUAUGAGGUAAGUAAUAUUAUCAACCUUUUGUCAGUGAAGAGACUGCAGCAUAGAUACGUUAACCGACUUUCCCAAAGUCAUCCAAUAAGUAAGUAGUAGAAGUGGGAUCGGUACCGGGGCAUAAAUUACUCUAAAACUCACACUAUGCAUAUUGCAGGUGCAUCCCUGUUUACUAGAUGCAAAAAAAACAAAAAACAAAAAAAAACAGGUAGGGCAACAUUUCAUUCAUCAGUAAUCCCACCCACCUUAACUGAAUGACAGAACUGAGGAGUAAAGAACCAGCUGGGGAAAGAGAAAAGACAAAGAAGAAAAGAUCAGAGAUUUUUUUCUUCUUGAUAUAAAAGGGUACUUUUGUGUCAUACUUUGUAGGUGACUUUGAUUUUCAAAGACUUGGGAUUAAUUUUCUCUUCCAGUUUAGCCAAUACUUACUUUACGAAAGUAUAUUAAUCAAUUUGUUCUGCUCCUUGACCACUUUUGGGAAUCCAAGGUAUUUUAAUUGCAUAUGACCUGCUUUCUACCCUGUGAAGGACAGAGUCUGCGUCUGUUAGUCCAUAUCUUACUCAAAAUGAGAGGAAAAACUCUUGUCUUCCACUGUUUUCUCAUUGCAAUUUAUUUAUGUUUCUUCUAUUAAGAUUUGAUAAGAAUUGUAGCUAGUUUUGUUACAUAUGUCUCUCUUUCCCCUCAGGUAGUAGUAAAUGCCUUGUCAUCUUUCUGUGCCCCUUUUCUCAUAGUAGCUAGACAAUAAAUAUUGAAUUGAAUAUUAAAUUCCCUAUGGAAGAAAUCAAUCAUACUGUUACAUGAGUCUCAGUUUUUCAUGAAUCUUGUGUUAUACAUGGAUUUAUUUAUUCCUUCUUUUAAUAUGUUAAUAUAUUUUUAAGAGUACCAGCCAUAUGCCAUGUCCUGUUCUAAGUGAUACAGAUGCAGAGAUAAAUUAGUUAAAGGAAAGUCUUUGCCCUCAUGGAACUUGCAUUCUAAGGAAGGAAGAUAGCCACAGAAAGAUGUCAUUUCGGUCUAACAUAAUGAAGCAUUAGACAGAGGCAUGUGUAGAGUACAACAUGGAGUUCAGAAAAAUCAUCCUGGAGAAGAUAAUCCCUGAGUUGGUUAUCUAAGAUGGGUUAGAUCCCAUCAAACUCCUGGACGCUUGCUCUUUCCAAGGGCAAAAGAUAAAAUAGUGGUUUCCAAACUAAAGUGUACUUAAGAAUUAUUUGGGGGAGUUUAACUUUUAUUCCAAAACUCCACCUCCAGAAAUUCUAUUUCAUUUGGUCUGGAGGGAAGCCCAAGAAUCUCUAUUUUAUUAAGCUCGCCAGGAAUGCUGUCUAAGAUAUAUUGGUAUAGAAGAUUGAGCUCAUUACAUAAAAUUAUUGAUAGCAAUGUUUCUGUGCCCAUAGAUUAGACCUUAAAGUGUGAUAGUGACAAAUAAGAGAAAGUUUAAGAUUAAGAUAUUGAUCUUUUUCUUGUGCUUCCUCAAAAAGAAAGAUGUUUAAUGAAAACAUAAAAAGUAACAUUUAAUAAUGAGUUUCUAUACAUUCACAUUCAACAUAAUUUUUUCAAAGUGUUCCUUGGUACAAUGAGUAAAUAUGCUGGUUUUUAUGAAAUAUGCUGGUUUAUGAUUUUAAAAAAUUCUUUUUUAUUAUUGCUUAAAUAUUUCCUUCUAAGCUUUUUUUUAACAAUGAUAAGGCAAACAGAGAGUCUGAGGAGAUAUUUAUCUAAUAACUUCUCUGUCCGUAUUCUAAAUGAAGAAAGACUGACCGUGCAGCAAAUGUGUGAGCAGCCGUAGGCGGUGGCACUUGCGCGGUCUUGUGUAUAGGAAGCUUUCCUGCUCUCUGUCAUCAUCCUAAAUGGCCUCGUUGUCAUCACACGCAUCAGAGGGACUUUGGUCCUGGAUGCUUCACUAGGGACAGUGGUGUCUCUGGCACUAAUCUCUAGCCCCUCGAUUGCUUCGUUUUUUCUUGAGGUCUUUUAUUUCAAACAGCAAGUGAAUAGGGCAGCCUCAGGACACCCUCUUGCUCUCAGAAUCAGUGCUCUGGAGAAGGUGCAUCUGAGUCCCUGUUGUCCCUCAUUUAAAAUGUGGCCGUACUUCCUUCUGCGAUGUAGUAUUGCACAUGAAUAUAUUUUAUAUUUUGAACGUUUUCUUUUCUCCCCACAGAUCUGUGGUCAACCUACUGAAAAACAAGGUUUUAUUUGAAAUAAUGUUGUUAUGGAAUCAGGCUGUUUUGUGACUGCUGGUGUAUCACCUGUGCUUGAUCUGGUCAUAUAGUUUGAAUUCUGGUUAAUAUCAUUUUAAUAUGAUAGUGUUUGAUGGACUGGAAUUAAUUAGUCCAUUAUCAAAAAUGAAUGUAGGCCGGACGUGGUGGCUCACGCCUGUAAUCCUAGCACUCUGGGAGGCCGAGGCGGGCGGAUUGCUCAAGGU